CGCUUGCUCUGUAGCGGCCGUGGCGGUCGCAUCUCACAACGUCAGUGUUUUACCCGAGUUGGCCUGCUUUCGUGGCAAGCUUUAAGUGCGAAAAUGGGCCCCGACAAGUAUAGCAUCUUAUUGCCUACAUACAAUGAGAGAGAAAACUUGCCAAUUGUGGUUUGGCUUAUUGACCACUACAUGUCUCAAAGUGGCUAUGACUUUGAAAUCAUUGUGAUUGAUGAUGGAAGCCCAGAUAACACACUUGAGGCAGCUCAACAGCUCCAGAAUAUUUACGGGAGUGACAAAAUUGUACUGAAACCAAGAGAGAAGAAGCUUGGUCUUGGGACUGCAUACAUUCAUGGCUUGAAAAGUGCCACGGGCAACUUUGUCAUCAUUCUGGAUGCCGACCUGUCUCAUCACCCGAAGUUUAUCCCCAAGUUCAUCGAAAAACAAAAAGAAGCUGACUAUGACGUGGUCUCGGGCACGAGGUACGUCGGUGAUGGUGGGGUCUACGGAUGGGACAUGAAGAGGAAACUCAUAAGCCGUGCUGCCAACUUCCUGACACAGAUUCUUCUGAGACCGGGUGCAUCUGACCUGACUGGAAGCUUUCGGUUGUACAAGAAGGAUGUGCUACAAAAGCUUGUGGAGAGCUGCACUUCCAAAGGCUACGUGUUCCAGAUGGAGAUGAUUGCACGUGCCAGGCAGUUCGGCUGCACAAUAGGCGAGGUACCUAUUAGCUUUGUGGACCGAUUCUACGGGGAAUCCAAAAUGGGCAGCAACGAGAUCUUCCAGUUUGCCAAAGGUCUUCUCUACCUGUUUGCCACAACAUGACCCUUCAAUGUGUUCAUUUAGUAUGCCAGUGCAAAUGUCAUUGUGUGCUUGUUUUGUGAGCACACUGUUGAAUGUUGACUAUUGAUCUUACUGAUUUUUCGUGGUGUUUACAAUAUUUUCCUAACAUAACCUUGUUUCGUGACAAAUAAAUGCCCAAAGAAACA